GUCAGAAAAAUAUUUUGUCACUGGGCUUGGGAAACAUUCGUAUCACCAAGCAACUAAUCCACUAUGCGCGAUAAACUCAUUUAGAUGUCUUUUAGUCCAAACUGAUAAUUAGCAAUGGCUGGACGUACUUUGUGUUUUAAUUCUAAUAUUAGGAGCCAAACAUACACACAUACGAAAAUGUAAAAACCAAGAAUGAGGAUAGAAGUAUAUAUACUUACAUAAUGUAUAUAGAAUGUCUACCAUUUAAAGGUUUCAUAUAGUCUCUUAAAGUUAUAACGAACAGGAAACAUAGCGUUCAAGAUUGUAAGUACGUAAGCUUAUUUUUGUAUGAAUGGAACACUAAUUUUUUAAACAUGUGUAAAAAUUUAUAAUUUUAUGUGGCGUUAUGACAAGUUAUAAAUGACGUAAUUAAGUAGUACUUAGAGUAGGGUACUUAUGUAAAUAUCAAUCCAUGUAUAAUCAUCCUAUCUCAUUAUAUGAGUUUUAUCAAAACACAAACACCAGAAGUAGUAACAGCCAGUAAUUCUCCUCAUUUGAUGUGAUUUGAGGUGAAAUGGCGCUUGUCAAUGUCGAUCGCAAGCUAAAACAUUUAUUUGAUGGUAGUGACUGGAAUGUUUAUGACGACAACGUCCUUAAUUUGGGCGUGGGUGCUCCAGGUCCAGAUUUAUUGCAGAACUGCUGUGAUAUUUUUGAAGCAGCUACAAAGCAUAGACUAAAAUAUGAAAAACAAAGCAAUUUAUCUUAUCUUUUCCAAUACGGGCCCACUAGUGGUUCAGUAGAAAUACGAAAUGCUAUCGCAGAAUACUUCAGUUCUCUAUAUGUUGAUGAUCCCGUAAAAAGUGAGGAUCUUAUUAUAACAACUGGUGCAUCACAAGGACUACAUUUUGUCUUAUCAACUCUGCUUGAUUUAAAUGGGGUAAUUUUUGUUGACGAAGUUACUUAUAUGAUUGCAUUGGAUACUAUGAAACAUUUUACAACUCUCACCAUCGUACCGUUAAAACUUAAUGACGAUGGAGUUGAUGUGAAGGAACUUGAAAAAAUAGUACGGGAAAAACGGUUUCAAUCAAAAUCUAAAACUUUCUGGGCAAUGUACUAUACUAUUCCAACUUAUCAUAAUCCAACUGGUAUACUUUUUUCUGAAGUUGUUUGCCAAGAGCUUGCGAAUUUAGCUAGGCAAUAUGACUUCUUAAUACUAUGUGACGACUGUUAUAAUAUUCUAAAUUACACAAGUUCGAAGCCAACGAAACGCUUGUUUGCCUACGAUAAUGGCCCCGGAAAUAUAAUUUCAAAUGGAAGUUUCGCAAAGUUAAUUGGACCAGGCGUUCGAGUAGGUUGGUUGGAGGUACCUGCCCGAUUAAAACCAAUUUUAGAAAAUUCUGGUAUUUUGUAUAGUGGAGGCUGCUUUAAUAAUUAUACAUCGGGUAUAUUAGCCAGUCUUUUUGAACUAAAAUUGGCACAAGAACACAUUGCCAUUGUGAAGCGUGCUUAUAAAGAACGCAUGUUGGCAGCUUGUGAAAUACUUGAAAAAAAUUUGCCUGUCAGUUGCAAAUGGAUUAAACCGUUGGGUGGAUAUUUCGUUUGGAUUUCUCUACCAACGAAUACAGAUGCUGGGCAACUUUUACAAACUUGUUUGCAAGAUGAGAAAAUAUUUUUCAUUAUCGGUUCUCGUUUUGCUUACGACCCUAUGGUGUCAAAUAAUUGUUUGCGUUUAUCUAUUUCAUUUCACAAAAAGGAUAAAUUAGUUGACGGUGUCACACGCUUCUGUGCAGUGCUGAAACGUCAUCUGGAAGAACCCAAAAAAUGAAAAAACAAUAAUUUUUAUUUUAUACACAUAUGUACAUAUAUAUAUUACAAUUCAAUCAUAUAUUGGUGGGAUCUUUAGCAAUGUUUUAGCAAAUAAAAAAAAUUAAAGUUUAUCUUGCAA